GUUGGAUACCGGAAAUCCAAGUUCACGCAUGCGUACGUGCAUUAUUCCUUUUACAUCACACGUGCGGGACAAGGGCAAGGCGAACUUUUGAAGAGACGUAUAAUUCUACAAAGAGAAUGAUGCUGAAAUCAGUACAGACAGCCAGCUUUAUCAAGAACAGUUGUAUUCAUUUCCAACGACACCACUUGUCAACAGUUAGACAGCAGAAUGCUUGUGGUAUUUUGAAUUAUCCAAACUCAAGGAGAUAUGCAACUGAUAAAGUUAAAGGCCAUGUCAUUGGAAUCGAUCUUGGUACAACAAAUUCGUGUGUUGCCAUCAUGGAAGGAAAGCAAGCCAAAGUUUUGGAAAAUGCUGAAGGUGCCAGAACCACACCAUCAGUUGUAGCUUUCUCAAAAGAUGGGGAACGAAUAACAGGAAUGCCUGCUAAACGACAAGCAGUCACUAAUGCUGAAAACACAUUAUCAGCAACAAAAAGAUUAAUUGGAAGAAGAUUUGAAGAUGCAGAAGUACAAAAAGAUAUGAAAAAUGUUGCCUUUAAAAUAGUAAAAGCUACUAAUGGUGAUGCCUGGCUAGAAGCACAAGGGAAGAUGUAUUCACCCAGUCAGAUUGGUGCAUUUGUCCUUACUAAAAUGAGAGAAACUGCAGAAAACUAUGUUGGACAGCCAGUUAAAAACGCUGUUGUCACUGUUCCAGCUUAUUUCAAUGAUUCACAAAGACAGGCAACCAAAGAUGCUGGUCAAAUUGCUGGUUUAAAUGUUUUACGUGUGAUAAAUGAACCUACAGCAGCAGCUUUAGCUUAUGGAAUGGACAAAUCUGAAGAUAAAUUAAUUGCUGUGUAUGAUUUAGGAGGUGGUACUUUCGAUGUAUCUAUAUUAGAAAUCCAAAAAGGAGUAUUUGAAGUAAGGUCAACAAAUGGUGAUACAUUCCUUGGAGGUGAAGAUUUUGAUAAUGCAUUGGUCAACUUUCUUGUCAAAGAAUUCAAAAGAGACCAAGGAAUUGAUAUAACUAAAGACACCAUGGCCUUACAAAGACUAAGAGAAGCUGCUGAAAAAGCUAAAAUAGAGUUGUCUUCAGCAUUACAGACAGAAAUAAACCUUCCAUAUCUUACUAUGGAUGCAGGUGGACCAAAGCAUAUGAAUAUGAAAUUAUCUCGAUCUCAGUUUGAAUCUAUUGUUAAUGACCUAAUCAAAAGAACAGUUGGUCCAUGUCAGAAAGCCAUUCAAGAUGCUGAUAUUAAGAAAAGUGAUAUACAGGAAGUAAUUCUAGUUGGUGGUAUGACUAGAAUGCCUAAGGUACAGACAACAGUACAAGAAGUAUUUGGUAAAGGACCCAGUAAGUCAGUUAACCCUGAUGAAGCAGUAGCCAUUGGUGCAGCUAUUCAGGGAGGAGUAUUGGCUGGCGAUGUAACAGAUGUAUUAUUAUUAGAUGUAACACCGUUAUCUCUUGGUAUCGAAACAUUAGGUGGUGUCUUCACCAAACUUAUCAACAGAAAUACAACUAUACCAACCAAAAAAUCUCAAAUAUUUUCUACAGCUGCUGAUGGACAAACUCAGGUUGAAAUCAAAGUUCUACAGGGUGAAAGAGAGAUGGCUUUAGAUAAUAAACUAUUAGGACAGUUUCAAUUGAUUGGAAUCCCUCCUGCUCCUCGUGGUGUACCACAGGUAGAGGUUACUUUUGAUAUUGAUGCUAAUGGUAUAGUCAAUGUAUCGGCUAGAGAUAAGGGAACUGGAAAAGAACAACAAAUUGUUAUACAGUCCUCUGGAGGUUUAUCUAAAGAUGAAAUUGAAAAUAUGGUUAAAAAUGCAGAAAAAUAUGCUGCUGAAGAUUCAAGACGAAAGGAAAUUGUAGAGGCAGUAAAUUCAGCAGAAAGUAUAGUACAUGAUACAGAGUCAAAGAUGACAGAAUUUAAAGAUCAAUUACCACAAGAAGAAUGUGAUAAACUCCGUGAAGAAAUUGCCAAAGUAAGAGAAGUUUUAGGAAAUAAAGAGAAUGAAUCGCCAGAGAAUAUAAAAACAGCUACUUCAGAAUUACAACAAUCUUCACUUAAAUUAUUUGAGAUGGCAUACAAAAAGAUGGCUGCUGAAAGAGAUGGUUCUCAAAAUGCCUCCUCAUCUUCAUCGUCCUCAUCGGAAUCCACAGACUCAUCAUCAUCAUCUUCUUCAGAAACAGACCAACAACAAGAACAGAAAAAAGAAGAGAAAAACUAAUCAUUUGUGAUAAACAAUUUAAUUAACCAGUUGUGUGAAAUAGUCAAUCAAAUCUUUUUUUUGUUAACAAUGCAAUAUAAUGCUGAAUUAUUACUAUUAAAAACGGUUAUUGAAGAAAGAAAACAUUUACAGUUUUCAAAUACGUAAGCUAAAUGACGUCGAUGCAUGCAUAUCACUUCAAAUAUAAAUAUUCUAUAUUCCAUGUAUUUCUUAUAAUACAUAGUUUUCAUCAAAGGUUUAAGAAUACUAAAUCUAGAAAAUAUUAAAUAUUCAGCAUUUUAUAUUGCAUUGGGAAAGAUUGAAAGAUUUUAGAAUAAGAAGAAUACAGGUGCUAUGUGGAGCUUUAUCUUAAUGGUUGACUGGUAUCUUCUCUCUAAUGUAAGAGAUAAAACCAUGCACAGAUUGUGAUAUUAGUACCUGUAUUUAUUGUUGUGUGAAAGUGAUAUUUAUGAACAAUAGUAAUCCUGUACUGGAACAUAGUUAACAUGUUGUAAUAAUAUUCAUCGAUUUACAUCUAGUUUCUUUUCAUAUUAGUAUUAUUCACUUAUCUGUUGUACGACAGAUAUCAUUGGGAAACUUUUUUUUUUAUAAAUUCAUCAUGAAGCAUUAAUUAAUGUAUUGGAUAAUAGCUGUUUACCAGUUAAAUAGAUAUUAACUAUGUUUAUGAUAUUUUUGAUUAUUUUCAUGAAGUGAAGCAGUAUAUUUUAUAAAGAGCCAUCUAAUUAGGAAUAUAUCCUGCAAGUACAAAGUUAUAGUUAAUAAUAUUGAAAGAUUUUUAUACGUUGAAUAAUAACAGGUUGAUAACAUAUAUAUAUUCCAUUUAAUAAAUUGUUGCUGUUCACAUGUAGCUUGGUCUGUUUAAUAUUCAAAGGUAGCUUGAAUAGAGGGACAGAUCCAAAAUGUAGAACUAAGACAGAUCAUUGUGUGAUUUUUUGUUUUGUUUAGUACUUUGUUAAUUUUUCGUAGAAAAACAUAAAUGGGCUGCAAAUCUUUCAUCAUUUAUAAUUCUUUUUAUUGCCUCUGAAAUAUUAGAACGGGUAUUGCUACAUCCUACAUUAUAUUGGUGAUGAUUGCAUGCAAACUUCAUAUUUAGUUUAAUAAAUUAACUUUUAGUUGGGAUCAAAUCCCUAAACACAAAUUUCUUUUUAAAAAAAAAUAUUACACUUAAAUUGUGUGCUUAAAUUUUUUAGAUAAAAGUCAUUAAUCCGCACUAUAUUCAUUGAAUAGAUCAUUGUUCGUCAUGAUAUUUUGAACUGUUGUAAAUAAUGUUUUAAGGUGUACAUUCAGAGAUAUAUAAUUAAAUGUCAUGUCAUUUAA